AAUGCUCAUUCCAUUUGCAACAACUUACGAAUGUGAGGCAGCUUUUUCUUCGUUACUCGCUAUUGAAACAAAAUGUUGAAACAGAAUAGAUGUGAAUUACGACAUGAGAGUUGCAUUAUCCAAAACAGAAUCCAAGAUAGAAGAACUGGUGGGAUCCAAGCAAGAGCACCCAUCUCAUUGAACUGUGUCAAUGUCAUUCAAUAUAUAAAUGCUUGAUAUACCGCGUUGCUGUUUGUUUCCAUUUCUUUAGUGGACCGCGAGUCAUCAGAAAAAUUGAACGGGUACCGUUAUGCAUAAAUUUUCAAAAAGUUUGAGAACCACUGGUUUAUAUGACUCCUGAAAGUAGAAAACAGCCGUUUUUUCUUUUGCAAUGCCAAACCCACAACCUUCUAAUCCAUGUUGAAUUUCAUAACUACUAGGCGUUGAACAUUAUGCCAUGAUCAUAGUUGAACCAUGUAUUAUUUCAUUAUUGCUCUUUUUUUGGAUUCAGGAAGUAUUUGAAUGUUAUCAAAUGUUGGCUAAUUUGCCUUUACUCCCCAUUAUUUUCCUGCCAUAAAUAGCAAAAAUAUUAACCAAGGUUUCCUCUAUUUUUACAUAAUAAUCUACAAUAUUGACUUUAUUUACAAUGCUUUUAAUAUAAAUGUUUUUUCGGGAAGAUUUUGGCCAAAAUAACGAGGCAGCACUAGUAAUCGACGAGAUACAAAAUCUAUCACUUUUGUUUAAUUUUCAAAUAACACUUUGAUUAAUGCUGUCCCUUUGACUUUAUACAUUGCAGCAUUGGGCUUUUAAGAAAGCUGAUUGGUCAUCCAAUUUGUCUGAAUACGAUAUAUACAUAAUCGUGCUAAGCUCAGCAUUAUUUUUAUAAAAAAUUCAAUUGUUUAUAUGUUGCACAGAUACUAAAUAGUUCACUUUUAUUAUGGCAUAUACUUUGGAGGCUGGGAGAUUUGUAACGGUACCUUUGAAACGAUCAAGUGAUGUGGAUUUGAUAAAACCAAUAGAAGCUUUUGCCAGAAAUACAUUUGACAAGGUUGAUGAUGACUUGAAAAAGCAAAUAAAAGAGUUCAAUAGUCUCAGAAAAUCAGCCGUUGGGAAAACACAGGAUAGAAGUGUUAGCUCAUUAAACACUUUGUUACAGUAUUAUGAUCAAUUUUCUGCACUUAAUCGUAAAGUGCCAUUUCGAGAAAGCGGAGGUGUGAAUGUAUUAUUUGCAUGGAAAGAUGCACUUGAUAAAGGAUCUCUUUUUAGUGGAUCGGCUAAACUCGCUUUGCCUUCUGGUGAAUAUGAAAGACUAUGCGUUAUCUUCAAUAUUGCUGCUUUAAAGGGUCAAAUUGCGAGCGAUUCCAAUUUAAGUACAGAUGAUGGUUUGAAAUCAGCAGCUUUGCAUUUCGCAGAGUCAGCUGGAAUGUUUCAGUAUAUAAAAGAGCAUGUCAUGUCGGCUGUUAAUCAAAACCCAACUCAAGAUAUAUCAGUCGAAGUACUUGGAGCAUUCAAAUCCAUAAUGGUAGCUCAAGCUCAAGAGUGUUUUUAUGAAAAGGCAAGCUCAGAUAAAAUGAAGCCGGAUAUAUUAGCAAAAGUUGCUAACCAAGCUGCAACAUUGUAUUCAGAAGCGAGCAAGGCUGUCACAGAAACUAACAAUAUUUUACCCAAAGAUAUCCUUUCUGCCCUUUCAUUGAGGCAUGACAAAUUUUUGUGUUUUGCUCAAUUUCAUCAAGCUGGUGUCGCUCAUGGCAACAAGAAAUAUGGAGAGGAAAUAGCAAGAUUGAAGAUUGUUGAGCCAAUGCUUAAAGCUCUUGGUAAAGGUUCAGAACUUCUACCUGGAUUUUCAGCAAAAGAUUUUCAAGCGAAGGUUACAUCUCAACUUCAGGGUACAGAAAAAGAGAACAAUUUCAUUUAUCACGAUACAAUACCAAGGGAAUCAGCAUUAGAACCUAUUGGAAAGGCAGUGAUUGCUAAACCGAAAUUAUUUAAAGGAAAUGAAGUGCUUAGUGCUAAAUUUACGGAUGCAUUCACCGGUAUGGUUCCACUCACUGUGCAUAAUGCUAUACAGUCUUACGAAAACAGAAGAAAAGAAAUUGUUGAAAGAGAAGUUGCUAGAUUGAGAGAGCAAACCACUCUAAUUAAUGGAGUCAUGUCCUCGUUGAAUCUUCCUGCUGCAUUAGAAGAUGCUUCUGGGGGGGAUCAACUCCCUCCAUCUAUUCUUGAGAAAUCACAGGCUGUACUUGGCAAAGGAGGUAUACAAGCAAUUGACGAUCUUAUGAGAGAAUUACCUGAGAGUUUACAACGAAAUGAGCAAAUUCUUACAGAGGUUAGCAGGAUGUUGAACGAAGAACAAACAACUGAUGAUGAGUUGAGAGCCAAAUUCGGAGCGAAAUGGACCAGAACUAAAUCAUCUGAGCUGACUGUGCCAUUAAGACAAGAGAUUCAAAAGUAUACAACCAUUAUUGACAACGCACAGAAGGCAGAUAAAAUAGUCAGAGAAAAGUUCAAUACUCAACGUGAGGGAAUAGAAAUGUUGUGCAUGCCUGCAGAUCAACUAAAAACAGCAAUACCAUCGGCAAGCAAAAUAGCAGCACUCAAAAAUAAUCCGGUUGUAACUGAACUUCGUCAAUUGUGUGAGCAAGCUGAAACACUGAAAGCGGAAAGAGAAGUUAUUGAAAAUGAAAUAGGUGGAGCUAAAUCUGAUAUGACCGAUAAAUUCACGGAGGCAUUGGCAUCAGAAGGGGUUUUAAAUGAAGAAUCCAUAUCUAUUGAAGAACUUGAUCGUGUUUAUCAACCUCUCAUACAGCAAGUUACAGAAUCUGUUCACAGACAGGAGUCAGUGCUAGCUAAUAUCCAGAGAGCAAGUGAGCAGUUUACCACGCUAAAAUCUCAAGGUGCAGGUGGAAAUAAUCGAGAUGAAGUUUUGAAAAAAAUUGCUGCAGCUCACGAUGGAUACAUGGAACUGAUUGCUAACUUACAAGAAGGGAAGAAAUUUUAUGGAGAUUUGACUCAACUUCUGAUUAAACUCCAAAAUAAAUGCAGUGAUCUUGUUUUCGCAAGAAAAACUGAAAAGGAAGAAAUAAUGAAGGAUAUGCAGCAGAGUAUUGUCACUCAGGGUCCAGGGGAGUCCGCACCGCCGCCAUCAUAUCAUGACGAGGUCAAAAAAGCGCCACCCAGGCCCCCUCCACCAACCACUUCAGCUGCUACAUCAUCUCCGAGACCCCCAGUGGCAGCCCCGAGAAAGGCGCCGGCACCUGUCCCUCCUAAUGCAGCUGCUGCUGCACCUUAUGCUCCAACACCUUCUGCUGCCAGUGUAACCCAGUCUCAGAGCCAAGUUCCUGGUGCUCCAUCAUAUCAGCCUCCUCCUCAAGGAUAUGGAUAUCCUCCCCCUAUGCCAGGUUAUGCUGGAUAUCCUCAACACGGUUAUGCACCCUAUGGCGGGGCACCCCCUACCGCGCCUGGGUAUUACCAGCCUCCACCAGGACCAGGUUAUCCUCAACCACCGCAAGGCAUGGGAUACGCUCCAGGUGGCAUGCCACCCUAUCCUCAACCUGGACAGUAUCAAGGGUACCCACCACAGCCUGGUUAUCCUCCUCAGCCUGGUCCAUACCCACACCAACCACCAUAUUGAAAUUUCUUCAAGAGAUAUUUAUAAUAAUUUGUAUAUAAGUCGAGUAUUUCAAUGGGAGAAUCAUUUAUUCAAGUGUAUAUUUGAUUGCUUCGCGUGGAGCAGUUCCACGCUGCUGAAAUAGGAAUCCAUUGACUAUGUUUGCCGCCUUACUUCUCUCUUCUGCUCUGAAAUUGCUCCAACAGCGAUUACAUUAAUUUGCUAAUUAUGGUGUACCAUACCAUACAACCAACUAACUGUCUGUUAGACAGUACUGGAGCUUGAUAUUGAUUAUAAUAAAUUUCAAUUUUGGUGACACUUCAGAAAUAUUUCCUACUCUUAUAUUCUGGUAGAUAAUUGAAUACAAUUGGUACAAAUAGUUACUAUGUGUUCUUAUGCAAAUUGCUUACCUUGUAGAACCGUUUUCCCUGACUAUCAAUGAUUUAUCAGAAGGUUGCUAAUUGCCUAUACCUAGCUAAUUGUACAUAUACUAUGAAUAUUAUAACGUAUCAUUUGCAAUAUUACUUUGUAUACAGCACACCUGAGUGUGAGCAAAAGUUUGUCUUGCAUGUAAUUAGUUAUCAGUAUACUUUAAUGCCAAAUGGCUGAAUUUUGAAGUGCAAGUUUCCCCAAUAAUAACUGUUCACAUUUACUAAAAUUGGUGACAAUAAUUUAGUUGCUGUUUUCUUGUGUGAAUUACAUUUAGAGGUUAUUCACUUCUCUCUGCCUGACUUCUUAUCUAUAUGAAAAAUAUAUAGUGUAACAAUAAAACAUACCUUAGUCUGCUUUUCACUUUGUAAUUACUGUAUAUAUUACUGAUUUAUGAGCUCUUUAAUUAUGGGAUCGACAUAUUGCGAUUGAGAAAAUAAAAUAUGUGCACAUGGAUUAAAA